AUGUCCCAGCCGAUCUCAUUUACUGUCAGGCCGCCUUCCUCGGCUCCAUAUAGACCUUCACCCUUGGGCAACGGAGGGUCUUUCAGAAAUAAGGUUGGUCCACCUUCAAGGCGGCUGUUCGAGAAUGGUCAUGAAUCAGAAGAUGAAGAUGAAGAUUUUCAUUCAAGCGGAAGGCAUUCAAGUAGACCGAGGGAUGAGAAGAUCGAAGGUUUCGGAAAUGGCAGAGUGUUAGGAGGCGAAAAACCCGCUGGACCUCUGGUUAUUCCAGCUUUGCCAAAUAAAGAUUGGAGAAAUGCAGCCACAGCCUCCUCUUCAUCACGGAAAGCACCAUCCUAUCGACCUGAGACCAAAGACUCAAAAGAAACUGUCGAAACACACGAACGGACUGGUGACGGUCCUCAACGUUCUGGUCUUCGUAAAUUGGAUAACAUAGAUUAUAAUGAUGGGUACUCAACAGUGAAGAUUGAACACGUAGAAGAAGCACCAACCGACAUCUCAGUAAAAGAGGAAGAAGAAGCGCCCUCUGUCAAGAAAGAACCUUUAACAUUGGAAGAACAAGCUCUACAAGCUAUUUUGACAGGAGAUGUGAAAACAGAAACUGAAGAAGAAAGAUUACAGAGGGAGUUGGUCAUAUCGUCCAACAAUUUGACCGAAGAAGAAGCUUUCAAAAGGGAUAUAGAUGAACUACCGGAGGAAUCAACGGCAGAAGAUUACGCAGCUAUACCAGUUUCAGCAUUUGGAGAAGCAAUGGCUAGAGGAAUGGGCUGGAAUCCAAGUUCAAAAGAAGGAACCAAAAUUCACGAACCAAAAUUACGUCCUGCUCUAUUGGGUCUAGGUGCCACUGCCUUGGAGAAACCUUUAUCGCCAAGUAGAAAUGGUAGUUCAUCAAGUUCCAAAAAACCUAAAACCACUAAACGAGACAGUAUGAAGUAUAAUUUAGGUGAAAUAUUGAUCAAGAAGGAAAAAGAAGGUUCUUCUUCUGGUGUCAGUACACCCAAUGGAAGUAGCAGAAGGACAAGCCCAGAGAGCGACAGUAAGCGAAGGAGGGAUGAUGAUGAUAUUAGAGAAAGUAAAAGAUACGAGACUGACGAAGAACGAGCUAGGAGGAAAGCUAGAGAAAGGGAAAGAGAUUAUGAAACGGAUGAGGAGAGAGCUAGGAGGAAAGCCAAGGAGAGAGAGAGAAGGGAAAGGUAUGACGGCGACAGAGAUAGAAAUGGUAGUUACGAUCGAAGGGAUAGAGAUGACCGGGAUAGAAGAGACGAUAAGGAUAGAAGGGACAGAUAUGAUAGAGAUAGGGACAGGCGACGUGAUCGAUAG